CUGUACGGUACGCGGCGCUGUAAUCGAACAUUGUGAUAAUACAACGUACUGUGCAUUUUACGUUGUUUUUAUUUUUGACAAAACUCUCUGGGGCUGCGUACAUGCAAUAUUGUACAGUAAAAGCCACGAACUCUUGCUCCAUUUUAAUUCAGUACGAUGAAAUGUCACUAUGAGGUGCUAGGUGUAGCCCGUAAUGCUACAGAAGAUGACAUUAAGAAAUCUUAUAGAAAAUUAGCCCUCAGAUGGCAUCCUGAUAAAAAUCUCAGUAAUCCUGAUGAAGCCAAAGAACAGUUUCAAUUGGUCCAACAAGCAUGGGAAGUCUUAAGUGAUCCACAUGAACGAGCAUGGUAUGACAACCAUCGUGAUGCAAUUUUGAAAGGAGGGAUUGAUGAUAAUUAUAAGGAUGACUCGAUAGAUUUGUUCCAAUACUUUUCUUCUGGAUGCUUUAAAGGAUAUGGUGAUGAUGACAAGGGUUUCUACACAGUUUACAGAACAGUAUUUGAAAAACUAGCAGCGGAAGAUGCUGAAUUUUCUAAAGAAGGAGAUUCAGAUGAGGAAGUGCCAGGAUUUGGGGAUUCUACGAGUUCUUACGAAGAUGUAGUUCAUCAGUUCUAUAGUUAUUGGCAAAGUUAUAGUACUAAACGUUCCUUUGCUUGGCUGGAUCCAUAUGACAUUCGUGAUACUCCAAAUAGAAGAGUUUUAAGACUUGUUGAGAAGGAAAACAAGAAAGUACGUGAUAAAGCUAAACGUGAAAGAAACGAGCAAGUAAGGAACCUUGUAGCGUUUGUACGCAAACGUGACAAACGAGUACAAGCGCAUGCUCAAAAGCUUGCAGAAAAAGCUAAAGAGAAUGCUAAGAAGGCCCAGGAACGAAAACGACAGCAGCUACUGGAAAGACAGAAACAAAUAAAAAAUUCUUUAGUCUCUGAGUGGUCAACAUUUUCCAAUAUUGAAACGGAACUGAAAGCUAUCGAGGCAAAUCUAGCUGCUGAGUUUGGUGAGGAGCUUUCUUCAGAUAGUGAUAUUAACAACGAUGAUGAGAUUGAGGAUACAAAUACGUUGUAUUGUGUUGCAUGUAAUAAAAUCUUCAAGACUCACAAGGCUUUUACGAAUCAUGAGAAUUCAAAAAAGCACAAAGAGAACUUGGCCGCCAUGAAGUCUUCCAUGGUAAAGGAUGAUGAAGAAUUCCAGAGUAAUUCUGAAGAACAUGAUUCAGAUUCAAAAUCCGAAUCAAAGGAAAAAGCUAUGGAGGACCUGAAAGCCCAAGGUGUUAAACUGGCAACAGAUCAUGGAAUUCCUGAUUUUCUAAUGUAUCCUCAAAAUGAACCAUCUAAUAACGAUGAUAUCGUUACAUCCGAUGAAGAGAAAGUGUCUGAUCCAGACUCUGAUGUAAUAACGGAACAAACUGAAACCGCAGGUCCUGUAUUAGUAAAUCCUAAAUUAAUGAAAUCAUUAAAUGGAAAGAGUGAAAGGGAUUCUGAUGAAGAACUACUCUCGGAUGAGGAAGAAGAGAAAUAUGUUAAGAAAUCUAAAAAGCAAAAGAAAAAGAAAGGUAAAAAUAUACAAAAAGCAGUUGUCGAACAUGAUACCGAUGAAGAACAAGACUUGGCUGAUUUGGAUAUGGGAUUAUCAAAAAAACAGCGAAAAAAACAACAGCAACAAAAGGUGGCUUUGGAUAGAAUUAAGCAAAACGAUCAAGAAAAGGCAGUAAAAAAAAUGGAAGAUAUACAAGAUGAGGAUGACGAUGAUGAGAAAGUUCAUGAAAACUUUAAAGCAAAUGAUGAUGACAAUAGGGGUUCUGAAAAUUCUCAUACUGAUGGAAUCAUUUUGGAAAAAAGCAAAGGGAAGAAAGCAAAGGAAGCAAGAAGAGCACAGAAAAAUUCUGGAGAAAAUAAAGGAAAGCUAGAGAAGAAUAAAAAGGACAUCAAUAUAGAAGAAAUCCGAGAUGUGGAACAUUGUUGCGUAACAUGUAAAACUGAAUUUUCUAGUAAAAACAAACUUUUUGAACAUCUGAAAAAAACGGGACAUUCUGUAUAUCUACCAAGUUCUACAAAAUCCAAGAAAAUCGUUGAAAAAUCUACCAGACGAAAAGGAAAGCUAGAGAAAAGUAGUAAUUAAAAUACGGCACAGUGUAAUUACUAGUUGUAAUGAGAAACCUCGUGUAAUUUAUUAUAACCGAAUAGUUAUUUGCAAUUUUUACUUAAUAAAUAAUGUACACUAUA